GAGAGAGACGCUCUCCGGGAGGAGGAGUCUGCGCGUACGGGUUACCGGGGGGAGGAGAAUGUCAUUGUUCCGCUGCUCACUCCUCUUCCUCGCAGUCGCAAGUCAGUUUCGCAGCGGAGUUGGGAGGUAGCGCAGGUUUCUGGAUAUUUUACAAUCAUUUAUAACUAAAGAAAGCCAACAGUUCGAGUGAAAACUUAACAUCAUUGACUUGUUUUCCUGAGAAGCGGACGCGAACUACCCAAAAUGCUGCUGCUCUGCCUGCUGGGGGUUUCGGCUCUGCUUCUGCACGCAGAGGGCAGACGCGCGGAAAUGACCAUCGCCAAUAACAACAAUGGACAUUCACUGGACAAUGACAAAUGGUUGAGCACCGUCUCCCAGUACGACAAGGACAGAUACUGGAACAAAUUUCGAGAUGAAGUGGAGGACGAUUACUUCAGAAACUGGAGUCUCGGCCAGUCGCUUGACCAAGAGACGGACGUGAGGUCCAGCAGGCACGGCGAACCCGGGUCCAAAGGCCUUGCAGCUCCCGGCAAGUGGAGAUUAGAGGACGGACUGGAUGCCACCAAAGACCCCUGCUUAAAGGUGCGCUGCCCCGCCCACAAGGUGUGCGUCACCCAUGACUACCAGACCGCCAUCUGCAUCAGCCACCGACAGCUGCCAAACAGUGCAAAGCCCAGGAGAGGUGGCCUGCCUCAUAAACACUGGAUGGGUGCGGUGCAUCAUGGGAAAUGCAGAGCGUGCCCCGUGGUCCAUCCCAGCUCAGUGUGCGGGUCAGAUGGGCACACGUACUCAUCCAAGUGUAAGAUGGAGUUCCAGGCGUGCACCUCAGGAAAGACCAUCUCUCUAAAGUGUGAGGGACCGUGCCCCUGUCUUCCCGGGCAGGAUGCUGUCAAGACCCGGAGCGAGAAGAACACUUGCAGUGACCAGGAUCUCAGAAGCUUGGCCUCCCGGCUGAAGGACUGGUUUGGCGUUCUGCACCAGGACGCCAACAGGGACCUGAAAUCCACCGCCACGUCAGACGCAGUCCAAGGCCGCUUUGACACCAGCCUCCUGCCCAUCUGCAAGGAUUCGCUGGGCUGGAUGUUCAACAAGCUGGACAUGAACUACGACCUCUUGCUGGACCACACCGAGCUGAGCGCCAUCUACCUGGACAAGUACGAGCUGUGCAUGAAGCCGCUCUUCAACUCCUGCGACUCCUACAAGGACGGAAAGCUGUCAAACAACGAGUGGUGCUACUGCUUCCAGAAACCCGAUGGACUUCCGUGCCAGAAUGAGUUGAACAGGGUUCAGAACCAGAGCCGACGGAAGCCUCUGAUAGGUGGAUUCAUCCCCAGGUGUAAUGAGGAAGGCUACUUCAAGCCUACUCAAUGCCACGGCAGUGUGGGUCAGUGCUGGUGUGUGGAUAAGUAUGGGAAUGAGAUCGCUGGAUCCAGGAAGCAGGGCCACCCGAACUGUGAUGAGGACCUGGAGAGCUCUGGGGAUUUCGGCAGUGGGGGGGCGGUGAUCCUGCUGGAUGACCAGGAGGAGGAGCCCGAGGUGGCGGGGGGCCGGCAGAAGGAGCGAAGAGGCCGCAUCCACCCGCGGGGGGCCAUCGAGGACGACGAGGACGGCGAGGAUGACAAAGAUGACGAGACUGGCUAUGUGUGGUAGCUCCGCCCCCUCCCCUGACAACAGCUUUCCAGGGACUACCAUUAUCUGAAAAGAUCUAAAGCCAUUCCAGCGUCCUCUCCCCUUCUUUCUUUCCAUCUCUCUUUCUCCCUCCCCUUUUCCUGCCAUCCCUUAUUCACACCUUCCCUCCUACCCUUCCUCGCUUUUAUUUUCUUUAUUCCCUCCAUCCUGUCUUUCCGCAUCUAUCAUGUAAUCUCCUCCCCUCUCUCCCUACCUCCCAUUCUCUUUCUUUCUCACGCCCCCUGUUCCAUUUUUCCUUUCCUUCCCUCUCUCCUCCUCUCCCCCCAGCCCCUCUUUGUCUUCCUUCAUUCCUCCCUCCCUCUCCAACAGAAGAUUGAUCCCAACAUGCAGAGACUCUCUAUUCCCCAGAGUUUGACUCCCUCUCUCUAAUGCCCUCCCCCCCCCCACCCCCCCCCCCCCACCCGAAGCUUUGCUCCCAGUCUGUAGUCUUAGAGGCGAUGGCUGUACGUACAGUAGUGUGAGAGCUGGAUGUGUUAUGUGUCGUACUCUCUGGGCCCGAGCGGUUUGGCUCUCGAGGACUCUGAAGGAAUGAAAUAGCGCCCCCCAAUGGGCUCACGGAGGAGAGACGUUCUGGCUGGCAGCUUGAUUCCCAUCCGUCUCUCACUUUAAAAAAAAAAAAACCUUAAAAAAAACACAAAAAACAAAAAAAAAUGUUUUGUUAUAAGCCAUUAUUGCUGCUGCAAAGGUUAUGUUCUAUUACUGUGAGAUACAGUUUCUAUAUGUUCCUCUAUGUCUCCUUUGCUAAGUGCGUUCUGGGAAAUCUGCCCCCACCCCAAUGCACACACACUCACUCAAAGGCUUUGAGGAAAAAAAUUGAUUGUGCUGAUUUUAAUGUAGCUUUGCUUCUGUUUUACUUGUGUAUAUGUAGGAUUCCUGAUGGAGGUUUGGCCUUCAGAGCAAGUCCUUUGUCCCUGUGUCUUUCUUAACAGUAACCUGUUCAGACCACGAGGAAUAUUCCAGAACAACAAACCAAAAGAAAAUAAUAAUCCAGUGCACCCACAGUCACAUCGACCCUUUCAUGUCACCUCCGGCGAACAAAUCGUGUUCCAGAAUGUAACCUCCCCCUCCGUCUCGAGCAGGAAGUCGUGCUUCUGUCAUACCGGACUUUUCCUGCCCAGACCAUGACUGGUCUGAAGGGGUGUGGUCUCAGGUGGGUCAGGUGCUGAUUGGUUUGACAUCACCUCGGCAACCAUCUGUUAUAAUGAGCCUGGCUCAAGUACAGAGAUAUGAAGGCCUCUUCUUAGGCCUGUAGCCUUUUAAAAACAAACUAGGAUGCUUUAUUGGGUAUGGCUUGCAUAUAAAGCUUCAAGCACAUAUCAGACCUGUGUAGGUGUUAGCUUAUGUUAAGAAGAGGAUGCAGACAGUCUAGGAUAACUGGCCACAAAUGAUUCCUCCAAAAUGAUACCGUAUACAGAAACUUCAAAGUGUGUUCCCAAGUAACCACGCUUGCAUAUCAAAGGUCUUUAAAUGAAUGUGCACUUUGGUCGGACUGGAAAGCAGGUAGCCCUUCGAUGCAUGUUACGUAUUUCAAAAGACAGCAAUUCAUAGCAGCGGCUUGUUAAAUUUUCAUGUUUUUUUUUCUCCCUUCAUCAAUCUGGACAAAUAUGCUAUCGACAGAGAAAUAAAAACAACACCGGGAGGAUUUAAAGGUUGUACAGUAUUUCCGUCAGUGUAGUGCAUGAUUAAAAGGCAUGCCGCUCUCGGCAGGUCCCCACGAUGAAAUGCUAAAUUAUUCAUGUGUGAGUCACAUAACCCACCCUUUGGGCACACACACACGCACACACGCGUGUACGCACACGCAUACACGCACGCGCACACACACACACACACACACACACACAUUCUGUAUGUCUGUCUGUCCGUGCUGGAGGAGAACUUGACUGGUUUGUUACAAAAAUCUGUCUGUGCGAUGCCAUCUGUACAAAAUCCUUUUUUCAAAUGAUCUUUGUAAAGCACAAAUGUAUUCUCAUUUAAAUUAACAACAACAAAAAAAAAACAGGAAAAAAGAUGUGCUUUAUAUUGGAGUGCUGUGAUUAUCGGUUUUGACUGUGCUCUGCUUUUGUAUCUACUUUUAUUAUUUUUUGCAAAGGAUUGUGGGACUGAGGUGUGAUCCAUUGGGCCUGCAUACAUUUCAAUGGUUUAGUGCUUUUAAAGAGUCUUAGCCCAUUUCAUUUGCGUCUUGUGUUGCGGUAUGGCAUAGUAAUGCAUAUAAUGUAGAAGCACCCCCCCCCCCACAACCCCACACACAAAACACACUGAAUCUGUGAAGA